ACUGCGGACCGCCCUUUAAAAACUGCCUCAGAUUUUUACGGAUCCUUUUUUCUUCAUACAUAAAAUACAAAGCAACAUCGGUUCUUCCAAACACCCUCGCUCCUCCGAGGUGUCUGGCGUUCUCUGGAUUAAUAUAUCAUAUAUACAUCUGGGCGUUGCAAGACGAAUUUACCGCGGGUUUGAGGCGACCGAUAGGUUUCGACCAUUGAUUGGAAGUCAUAGGAAGUCGGUACAUGCUGUGCAACGAAGCUUGCUUCGAGGGUUCCUCGACGCGUGUUGGCUGAUGGCAUUGUGCAGCCCAGUCGAUACGCGUGUAGCACUGGAAAUUUCCGUCGUCUCCCAUAAAUGUGUAUGUGUAUGGCAGCCACAACCGAGAUGGCUUGCGAGAACAAUAGCACUUCCAAGGUAUUGUUCUCGUCCUUGCAGUCUUUGAAGGCUCGACUUCCACCGCAUGCGCCAUCCUCACUCCUCGAUAACUCCAAAAAGCACCUUUAGCCAGAGACUGCAUCCUCGGCACCCAACAUUGACCUCGCCGUCCUCUGCAGCUUCUUCUAGAUCCGACUCUGCGAUGAGGAACCCGCGUUCGUCCCCACAUCUGCAGCUCCUGUACCAUAAAUUCGGGGCAUCGUCGACCUCCAGAUCAUCCAAAUCUACAGUCUCAACACCCGUACGAAAAGCUUGCCCUCCCUUUCCGUCCUUUGUAUUUGCAAACCCGCAUUGUAACUUCAAUUCUCUGUCGUACGUGGCUCGAGAGCGAGAAUUCGAAAGAAUCUGAAACGCUUCGGAUAUUUGGUCUAUGGAGUAUAUGCUGGUUCUAGCGUGUAAAGACGCCUUGUUUUGGACUUGCGAUUUAUCGGGAUGGUUGUGAAGCAGAGCCCUCCGAUAGGCACUCUUCAAGGUUUGCGCCGGAAUGUGUGAUUCAUGGCGAAUGGCUUCGGGGAGACCAAGAAUUUCGUAGUGGGUUGAGGUGCAAGUCAUCGAUCCAUUUGAAAGGGGCUUCUGCUAGAAAGGCAAUCAAUGUAGGUAGCAGUUUGUUGUGCGACUUGACCGUCCAGAAGAGGAGGGCGUGGAGGGGCAUUUCAAGUUCGAGGUUGGUGCCUUGGUGGCUGAGGUGUUAGUCACUUCGGAGCCUGUGUGCCGAUUCUCCGACGGGGCAUUCAUUCCAUCAACUCCCGUCACUCUUCAUGAGCCUCACACCGUUUGUAUCAUGUCAUGGUCGGUUGCCUAUUACAGUAAACUAGCAACGUGUUCUGUCCUCAGUCAAGUUCUCUCAAUUUAUGCUCCCAACUAUUUAUUAUCAGAUGAAAUCACAACUAGACUAGUUCAAGUUCGUUGCAAAAUCACAUCCGAAUUCUACUUUAGUACCUCUUUGUACUGAUCCAUCUCAGCCUCAAACUUCCUUCUAUUUGAUGGAUUUGCUUCAACAGAAACAGCUAACAAUCCCCAAAAUACUUCUUAUUAUUCAGAUCUACCUUACUCCAAGCCCCCUUCGGAAACUUCAUGCCACAUGUCCAACAUUACGAGGCUGAUGGACGCUGACGUCGUCCAUCACACCCUUAAACCAGUCGUAUAUUUCUCUGUGUCAUCGCUUCCCUUGCAGCAUCGCCAACGAGCAGAUCCCCUCAUUUAUUCCACCAGCACUUCACCGUCCAAAAUGCACUCAUUGGACAUCUCCAUCACGUAAUUCUCUUCCUUCCGUAAAUACCCCGGAAUAUUUACAACUUUUCAAUUUCACUGGAAGAAGCCGCAUUGUAAUUCCUCACAUGGUCCCCCCGUUUAAUACAUAAAACUCCAAGGAUUCGGCAAAACUAUCCCCAUCAGAUACCUUAUGCAGACGUAUUGUACGACACAUCUCCGGAGAUACAGUUUUCGAUUGUCACUAGUUACCAGCUUGGCGUGGUUGGAGCUUUGUUUCCAGAUGAAGCACACAUAUGAGGCUUGAGAGUUCCCUACCUGCCCUUCCUCUCUUUAUUCAUCUCCUAUUCAUUUCCCAAUGCUCGUCCUACUCUACCUCACUUUUCUGGUCGCUCUGUUUGUCCUAGUGGCAACCAAGUGUCCUCCACCUAUGCUUACAAUCACUUUUUCCUAAUGAGUUCUCGUCCGUCUUUUAAUUUCGAUGUCGACGAUUAUGUCAAUCGCAUCAUCCCCCGCUCGAGACUCCAUCUCCUCCCCAAGUCUCUAUCGCGAUUCUUGGGCUACCGAGCGGAGCCGCAACAGCAGGUUGGGAGUAUCUUCGUCUGGUUCUGGGCUUUCAUAGGAGCUUUCUUGGGGAUUCUCAUAAUUGAAACAGUUUUCCGAGCAGAGUUCCUAGCUUCUCAUGGUGCACCUGUUAUCGUUGCAUCAUUCGUACGUUUUUCUAUCUUUCCCUCAUAAAGAUGAAGUCUUUCUCAUUCGCAAUUCAUUAUUUUAGGGCGCAGCGGCAAUCCUUGAGUAUCACACUAUCGAUUCACCGUUAGCACAACCUCGAAAUGCGAUCCUAGGUCAAUUUUUCGCAGCGGUGUUUGGGGUGGGUGUCACGAAACUCUUUCAACUCAAUUCGAAUUUUGAGAGUCUGCGUUGGAUGGCUGGGGCUCUUGCUGUGGGUUUGUCGUCCGCGUUUAUGGGAUUUACUAAAACGGUUCAUCCGCCUGCUGGUGCUACUGCCUGUAAGUCAGAAUGCUCUUUAUGAUUUUCCUACUUAUUCAUAUCACAAAUAUCCCAUUUCUCAUCUGGGUGACCUCUUUGAUUACAAACUCUCCAUAUCUCAACUCCACCCUCUCAUUUACAUUUCCGUUUAUUACUUCCUCACUUCUCCAUCUCGCCUUACCUUCAUUUCCCAGCAAAUCAAAAACCGAACCAGAACGGAAACUAACACCCAUCAUAGUACUGACCUCAACAUCCCCCGAGAUAACCCGGCUCUCCUGGUUCCUAAUCCCCCUCAUCCUCCUAGGAAGCACUCUCAUGGUAUCAGUAGCAUGUAUUCUCAACAACAUUCAACGACAAUUCCCUCUCUACUGGUGGACACCACUUUCUCUCCUUCCCAUUCCCGCCGCUAUUUCCUCCUCGGAGAAUCCAGAUAACCAUCUCAAAACGCUAGAAUUAAACGCGGAUCCUGAGAAAGUUGAUUAUCUAAAUGGAUGGAGGGGGGGCGAGAACCCUGGGAAUGGAGGGGAUGACGAUGGAGGUGCAAGUGCAAGUGGAAGUGGAAGUGGAAGUGGAAGUGGGAAAGGGAACGUGAAUGGGGGUUACGUAGGGUACGGAGUCUGGGUGACAAGUGAGGGCAUCAGAAUCCCGGAUUAUAUGCUGUUAAGCGGUGACGAGAAGAGGGUUUUAGAGGGGCUGAGAGAGAGGUUGGCGCUAGGCUCUUUUUCUGCGUCUACGUCUGGGAAGAAUCCUGGGAGUGGAGUAUGAAGGGACGCGAAGCAGGGUAUUUGAUUUUUCUCCGCCUAGAAUAAUCGAUCAACCGAAAGGUGAUGAGACAUGAUAGUACUAUACAUCUACUAAAACAAACAUUCUUCCCACCUUCCAGAGGACAAAGGGGUCAAAAAGGGGCACUGCAAAGCCGAGUAAAUACGUCUACGAU